CGAAUCAUAUUAAGUCUAGUAUGGCAUCAAGCGUUCCAUGAGAACUCUUCGUUCCGUAAAAAUACACAAUAUUUAAUCCAAAUUCAUCAAGCAUGAAAACUUUCAGAGUUCUUGGAUGGCACAGAUUUCUUGGUUUAGAAGGAAGUAAACUAUUCAUUCCCACUGGACAUCCUCACUCUGGAAUUCUACUCGCUUGUGAAGCUCAUUCUGCCCAAAGUUUAAAUCUGCUUAUUCAAAAGUCUACGGAAUUUCUUUCAAAUAAUAGCAUCAGUAUUUCACCAUCUAAUCCAAACGCAUUUUUGGUUUUUACAAAUCCAUGCAUUCCUUCUCCAUGUUCAGACAAUCCUGACGAUAAUGAAGACGGAGGCUGUUACCGAGCUACCUUUACAGGAUUAGACUUUAUGUCGAUUUAUGAACAACUUGUCAAUUAUUCGUCACCCUCAUCAAAACUGUGUGGCUUCAAUGGAGUAAGGCGGAAAAUAGGUUUAAUGUUCACUGGCCAAUGCUCACAAUAUCUGGGAAUGGGAUUGGAAUUGUACGAAACGUCGCUACCUUUUCGUUCGGCUUUUCAAUGCGCGUCAAAUAUAUUAAUGAAUGAGUACGGUCUUCAUAUUUAUGACGUGAUGUAUGGGUCAAAGGGUCACCUUUUGGACACAUCUCUGUACAGCCAGACGUCCAUAUUCUGUUUGGAAGUUGGUCUCCUCGCCCUAUGGCGCAGCUUUGGAGUUGAACCCAGUUUUGUCCUUGGUCCCAGUGCAGGUGGUUUCGCGGCAGCGGUGGCAGCUGGAGUAAUUACUGUGGAGGAAGGUGCCCGACUUGUUGGGGGGCGGGCGAAGCUAAUUAAUUCUCUCCCAGAGGGAGGCAUGACCGCUGUUCAGGCCAGUGAAGCAGAAGUCAGAUAUUUGAUGGACAAGGUUGUAUUUAGCUCUGAAAUGUGGCUGGACGUUGCCGUUAUCAAUUCGGAGAAUGACAUCGUGAUUGCCGGUAAACCCCAGUCCUUAAAAAUGCUGGAGAUGUUGUGCGAGGAAAAAGGAAUCAAGACGUGUCGGCUGAAUGCGAAACAGGCGUUCCACUCGAGGCAAAUUGACUGUAUUUUAGAAAAAUACGACGAAAUACUGAGAAAUGUGAUGACUAGGAAUUAUAAUGAUAACGAAGUGCAGCAGAGCUCAUGUUGUGGAUAUAUUUCUGGUAUUGAUGGGACCGUGAUGUCUAGUAGGGAUUUCUUUACACCCGAAUACUGGAUGGACCAUGCUCGAGCCACGGUAAAUUUGCCAGCAGCGGUGAACACUUUUUGGGAACAGGGGGUUCGAGUAUUUAUAGAACUGGGUCCGAGACCGGUUUUGCUACAUGACGCAAAAACCAUUUUGGGAGACGACAAAGUUUCGCAAGCGUUAUGGAUGUCCACGAUCAAUGGCAAAGACUCGAACUGGACGACCGUGCUGAAGGGACUAGGACAACUUUACGAAGUCCAAGCUAUUGAUCUUGAUAUAAUAGAAUAGAUUUUCAAACAACUUUUCCACGUUUAUUCGUUUUAAACUUAUGCCUAAACUAUUAAAUAUGUUUACGGAAUCUUUUAAAAAAGUA